AUGCGGUGUGAUGAGCUUGAGGGAAAGGAGUCGUUGCGCAAUUAUCUUGAUAUAAGCGGUGUUGAGGGCAUCACCAAACUAAAAGAGGGUGAUGCCACUCCUCCAGAUGAUCCGCAGAUCUAUGCUGGCCUCACUUCGCCGGGGUCGAGCACUGAUAUAAGACAACCUGGGGUGCCAGGGUGGUUCAAGUCAGCAAUCACCCUCAUCUUCCACUUGGUAUCACUCACCUGGAACACCAUCUAUUCCAAAAUGUUCAUGUUCCCCCCAAUGUUGACCACCGACAACGAACUUCCUUUCAAUGGUCGUACGAUCUUCGAUGGUGGCAACAGAUGCUACUAUGUUGAGGACGGCGGCAAGCUAGUCGCCUUCACCGAGGACCAGGUGCGGGCGAUCUUCGAGCACAACAAGCACCUCCAACAAAACCUCAACUACAUCCUGCCGGCAGGCUACCACCUCGUCUCGACCAAGUGGAGCGAGGAAAACACCACGGAGCUCGUUCAGUAUGAUGAGUACAAUACGCCGCGCCUUCACCGGAACUUGCGGCGCUCGCCGCUGCUCCAGGACCUGGUCAGCGACAACGCAAAAUUCAUGUAUUCAAUCCAGGGCCAAGGGAGGGUCGUGCUGGAACAAGAGCAGGCCACUGAAUGCAACAUCAUCGCUUGGCAUGUCCUAGCGAGGAAUGUCAACACUGAGAAGAGGCGGUCGGCUGUUUGGGGUGGUGGCGGAGGACCCGCGCCAUCGCGCGGCGGAUAUGGCGGACACGCCUCUCACCAAGGCAGAGGCAGGUUCAGGCCAGAUGCCUACAACACCUCUACGAGAGGACGUCACGGACCCGAUCGUGGCCGCCCGCCACCUAGGUCGGCCCCGGUCUACAGACAUGACUGUGACUCUCGCUUGAGGUCGCCACGUGGUCAAGGCUACACCCAUCAGUCACAUCGCAAAGAGUAUUGCAGACAUUCCACUCACCGACUUUCGUCCCGAGGCCCUCAGCCUCAGCCCUCUGCCCAUCAUGACAUCUCUCGCCACUACUGGUCCUGUUCUCCUACCCACUCUUGCCACGCCGCCCGCACUCCGAUCCAUUCCAGGUCUCGUGGGCGCUCCGCCCAGCGCUCUCGUUCCACGGACACUCGUCGCAGACACUACUCAAGCAAAUCAGUAUCUCAUCAAAACAAGACCCAGAAGCCAUCAACUAGUUGCCGCCGCGAGGAUUGUAGCAAGUCUCGCUCUCCUCGCGGGGACUAUCAUUGGGCUGAACACUCAUACUCACCUUCAGUUGUCAUCACCUCUGCCCCUCCUGUCGCCGGUCCCUCCAUUCACCCCAACGCUCUCGUCAUCAACCCAGUGAACACUGCUGUGGAUGAAGACAUAGCCAUGGACAACACAGAAGAGGGUAACCAACCUACCAACCCAUUAGCCGAACUUGGAGACUACGUAGAUGACAAAUUCACUGGGCCCGCUGACAAAACUGUUGUUCCGGAAAACAACAAAUUUGAAGGCAAAGAUGAAGACCGUGAUGCUGAAGGCGAGAUUGACGAAGAAGCUUUGGGUGAGGCGGGCAAUGAGGAGUAG